AUGUCAAAACCGAAGAACGAUUUGAAAUGUCCGCAGUGUCAAAGCAAUUUGCAGAGAUGUUUGAUUCAACAGAACUAUGCGGUGACAAUAUGCACUAACGAAACCUGCCAAUACCCGUUCAACUCCAACGAAAUCAUCAACGAUCUUUCAUUCAUAUCGGACAGGGAUAUACUGCGAGCAGCUAAGAGCCGGCUAGAGGAUGAGCAGCGGAAAUGA